AUGAGCCGGCAGCUCAGCUCUAGGUCUGGGUAUCGAUGCGGAGGAGGAGGCUUCAGCUCUGGCUCUGCCGGGACGGUUAACCUCCAGCGCAGGACCACUAGCUGCACCAUGCGCCGCAGCGGGGGCGGUGGCGGUGGCGGGAGGUUUUCCGGUGGAGCCUGUGGUGGUGGCGGCGGCAGUGGCUUUGGAAGUCGGAGUCUUGUUAACCUUGGCGGCACGAAAAGUAUCUCCAUGAGUGUGGCCAGAGGAGGUGGACACAGCAGUUUUGGUGGUGGUGGCUUUGGUGGUGGCAGUUUUGGAGGUGGCCUUGGCGGCGGCGGUGGCUUUGGUGGAGGUAGCUUUGGCAUUGGCAGUGGUUUUGGAGGAGGUAGUUUUGGGGGUAGUGGAAUGGGGGGUGGCUUUGGGCCUGUCUGUCCUCCUGGUGGCAUCCAGGAGGUCACCAUUAACCAGAGCCUGCUGCAACCCCUCAAUGUGGAGAUAGAUCCUGAGAUCCAGAAAGUCAAGUCUCAAGAAAGGGAGCAAAUCAAGACACUCAACAACCAGUUUGCCUCCUUUAUUGAUAAGGUGCGGUUCCUGGAGCAGCAGAAUCAGGUGCUGCAAACCAAAUGGGAGCUGCUGCAGCAGGUAGACACCUCAACCAAGACCCAGAACUUGGAUUCCUACUUUGAGGCCUACAUCAGCAAUCUCAGGAAUACAACAGACCAACUGAAAAGAGAACAGUCGAUGAUGGAUACAGAAUUGAAGAACAUGCAAGAUAUGGUAGAAGAUUACCGGAGCAAGUAUGAGGAAGAGAUCAACAAGCGAACAAAUGCAGAGAAUGAAUUUGUGACCAUCAAGAAGGAUGUGGACGCUGCUUACAUGACCAAGGUGGACCUUCAGAGCAAAGUCGACAUCUUACGCCAGGAAAUUGAUUUCUAUACAACAUUCUAUCAAGCAGAGCUGGCUCAGAUGCAGACACACAUCAGUGAGACCAGCGUCAUCCUCUCUAUGGACAACAACCGUAGUCUGGACCUGGACAGUAUCAUCGCUGAGAUCAAGAGCCAGUAUGAGGAGAUCGCCCAGAGGAGCAAGGCCGAGGCCGAGGCCCUGUACCAGACCAAGUACGAAGAGCUCCAGAUGACUGCUGGUCAACAUGGGGACACAGUGAAAACUUCAAAGAUGGAGAUUUCCGAACUGAAUCGGAUGAUCCAGAGACUUCGAUCUGAAAUUGACAGUGUCAAGAAGCAGAUCUCAGGGGUGCAGCAGUCCAUCACCGACGCUGAGCAGCGUGGUGAGAACGCCCUCAAGGAUGCCCAGGGCAAGCUGGCUGAGCUGGAGGACGCCCUGCAGAAGGCCAAGGAGGACAUGGCCCGGCUGCUGCGGGACUACCAGGAGCUCAUGAACACCAAGCUGGCCCUGGACAUGGAGAUUGCUACCUACAGGAAGCUGCUGGAAGGAGAGGAAAUCAGGAUGUCUGGAGAGUGCGUCCCCAACGUCAGCGUGUCCGUGAGCACCAGCCACAGCAGCACCAGCGGAAGCGUUAGCCGAGGAGGUGGUGGCGGCAGCUACGGCUCCGGAGGCGGCAGCGGUGGCAGCUAUGGCUCCGGAGGACGUGGCAGUGGGGGCUCCAGAGGUGGCUCCGGAGGGGCCGGUGGCAGCUACGGCUCCGGAGGUGGUAGUGGUGGUGUCAGCAGCGGCGGCAGCUACGGCUCCAGAGGCGGCAGUGGGGGCACCAGAGGGGGCUCCGGAGGGGGCGGUGGCAUCUCUGGCGGCGCCCGGGGCUCUGGAGGCGACCGGGGCUCUGGUGGUGAGCGGGGUUCUGGCGGCGAGAGUUCUGGGGGCAGCUUCGGCUCCUCCGAAGGCCGGGGCUCCAGCAUAGGGGGCCUCUCCGGCUCCGGGGACACCAAGACCACCGGUGGCAGUUCCAGCGUGAAGUUUGUUUCCACCAGCUAUUCCCGAGUGACCAGAUAG